UCCAACUGUCAGUGCCGCGACUGUCAAACAACGGUCACAUAUUCGCCUUUGUACACCUAUCGCCAAUCAAACGGUCAAACGAAACGAAAAGUAGCAACGGAAAACCAACGUACGAUUCCGCCCAAAGGUUUGUGCCUUCUACUGGGGGGAGAAAAAGGGUAACGCGGCGAAAACAAAUCAAGUGCCGGGUCGUUCCGUUCCACCGUGCUGCGCGAUGGACAGGCUCAAGGCAGAGAACGAGGAGCUGCGGCAGGAGCUGUACACGGUGAAGAAAAAGCUGCAGGUAGCCAAGCAGAUCAGCACCGAUCUGUCCGACGAGCUGGAACAGCAAGUGGCCAAAUCGAACCGGCAGCUGGAACAAAUGCGCACCGAGCACGCGACCCAGCUGAAGGCACAGGAGGCGCAAAUAGAGCAGCUGAGCAAAGAGCUCGCAGCGCAACGCUCCGAGCCGCCGCAGCAGUGCCCGCCCGCGGACGGGCCCGUCCCCGAGCACAUCGAGGAAACGCUCCGGAUGGUGCAGGAAAAGUCGCUGCGCGCCAAGCAGGACUGGGAGGAGGACGAGCUGCAGUAUCAGUCGGAAAUCGUGCAGCUGCAGCAGAAGCUGACAACGGCCGACCGGAAGCUCACCGGUGCGCUGACCAACAUUGCCGAGCUGAGCGAGGAGAUCGAGCUGCUGCGGGAGCAGCUCGCGUCCAAGAAGGGCAACCUGGAGAUCAAAGCGCAGGAGGCGGAGGAGCUGCGCGACCUGCUCGAAGCGACCCAGCAGCAGAACGGCAUGCUGGCGGCGGAGCUGGCCGGUUUGCGCUCCAACUCGAACAGUGCACUUGAGAAGGGAAAUUCCUUGUUCCGGGAGGUGGCCGAUCAGCGCAAACAGCUCAUGCACAGGUACACCCAGCUGAAGCAGCGCUUCUUUCAACUUAAGAGCGAGCACGAAGACUGCCCGCGAGAGAUCCGCACGCUCCGUAUGGCGCAGCGCGAGUCCCAGACGCAGUACGAGCGGUGCGUCAAGCUGGUCCGGUCGGCGGAGUACUACAACGUGCAGGCGCUCCACGAGCAGAUCAAGGAUCUGACCGAGCAGCUGGCCCGGGCGGAUCGGCGGGUGCGCCACCUGGAACACGAGAUGGCCUCCAAUAGCUUUGCAUGGGUAAACGUACUCGUCGAGUACUAUACAAAAGAAAUGGAUACACUAAAAAGCUCGCUCUACUCCUACCAGCACAAGCACCGCCAAGCGAUGGACAUGCAGGAGGAUGCGGUAAAGGAGGCAUGGAAGUGGCGGCUGGAAGCACAGCGGAUGAGGCUGAAAAUGCUGCAGAUCGAAGUGCCGCCGGCCCCGGCUGACAUGACCGAAGGCGCCGGUUCGCCGACCUCCGACACAACGCUUGUGCCGCCGGCCCCGGCUGACAUGACCGAAGGCGCCGGUUCGCCGACCUCCGACACAACGCUAGUGCCGCAGAGGGAGGUGCCGGACAGGGACGAACAGAGAGAAGGCAGCCCCAAGGAUACGGUGGCACCGGAAACGGUCUCGGAAGAAAAUAAAUCCCACGAUGUCACCGUCAUCUGCAACGAAAAGGCUGACGAAAGUGGCGCCAAGACGAUCACCACCACCACCACCAAGCCGCCCAUGAAGGAGGAGGUUGCCGGCGCGAUGCCGCUGCAGGAAAGGAACGUAAACCAGCUGGUGAUGAAGAUAGUGCCCUUCAAGUGUUACAAACUUAGCGACCUUAUCGCGAAGCAGAAGGAAGAAACGGACAAUGUUUCGCCACCGGAAGCAAAGCACGCAGCGGGAGAGGGAGUCGAUGGGGGGAAGUAGGUUAGUGCAAAUGCCUUCGGUGCUGCGCUGUGCUGCAGAGACAAGGCAGUAGGUUUUGUUGUUGCCAUCGUUCGUACCACAUUGCAUCUGUUAAUUGUCAUAUCAUUUUAAUGUUUAGAAAUAAAUUUUAAAGAAGGCGCCCUUCGAGUCAGCUCGGGUUUAUGCCUGCCUAA